UCAUCUCGUAAAUCGCCACAGAAUCAAUUAAAUUACUUAUUUCAUUAUAUUGAUCAUACGAUAAUCGUAUUGGAACAAUAUUUUGAUCGUCAAAUUAAUACUAAAUUAUCAUCAAAGGAUCGUAUUCGUUAUCGUUAUGUUUUAUUCGCUAAUCUUGGUAAUCAAACGGUUAUUAAAGAUUUUUCGGAUAAAUUUCGAUUUUCUCGUACACAAUUAGCAACAAAUAUUAAUCGUACACAGGAAUUUUUAAUUAUGAAUGCAUUACGUUUAGAUCCAGGUGAAGCAUUAAUUGUUACUGUUGAAUAAUAAAAAUAACCCUUAACACUCCUGUCGGUGUGCAAAGGGUUGAAUGAUGAUUAUAAUGAUUUGUAAAUUCACACCGUCCAUGUUGCUCUGAAUAUGUU